AUGGGUAAGACCCAUAGUAGGCUGUGGCAAACCAUUUCUCUGUUUCUCUUGUUGCAGCAUUGGAAUCAGACGUGGUAUACAGGUAACCCACACUUUACACAGUGCUUCCAGAAUACAGUCAUUGCCUGGAUACCCUGUGCCUAUCUUUGGAUCUGUUUUCCAUUCUAUUACCUGUAUCUUGAGCACCACAGCAGAGGAUAUAUCAGAAUGUCGCACCUCUUCAAAACUAAAAUGGUACUUGGAUUCAUAUUGAUAUUACUGUGUUUUUCUAACCUCUUCUACACUUUUUGGGAAAUCAGUCAAGGAAUCCUGCGAGCUCCAGUGUUCUUCAUUAGCCCAGCAAUUGUGGGGAUCACAAUGAUCCCUGCAGUGUUUCUCACCCAGUUUGAGAGGCUGAAGGGUGUCCAGUCAUCAGGCAUCUUGAUGAUUUAUUGGCUGCUGUCAUUCCUUGCUGCUGCUGUGACUCUUAGUUCUAAAAUUCAACAAGCCCUGGCAGGGGGCUUCCCAGAGGACCCCUUCCGUCAUGUCACCUCUUACAUUUAUUUUAUCCUGCUGCUAGUAGAGAUCGUACUGUUCUUCUUUACAGAUUGGCCUCCCUUCUUCUCAAAAGUUGUCAAGGACUCUAAUCCGUGUCCAGAACUUGGUGCCUCUUUUGUUUCCAAAAUCACUUUCUGGUGGUUCUCUGGGCUAGUUUGGAAAGGCUAUUGGCAGCCAUUAGAAGCAGAUGACUUAUGGUCACUGAUGAAAGAAAAUUCCUCUGAGGAAAUUGUUUCACAGUUUGAAAGAGAAUGGAAUAAAUACUGUAACAGAACCAAGCAAAACACAGAAUCCAUCAAAUAUAAGAAGGAUCAACAAAGCAGAACUGGUCUGGCCAAGACAGAAGAGGUGCAGGUUCUUCUGCAGCCAGAACAAAGUCAGAGUGAGCCACUGUUGAAAGCAUUUUGGAGCAUGUUUGGAACCUACUUCCUUCUUGGUACCCUCAGCUUAAUCAUCUGUGAUGUCUUCUUGUUUUCUGUCCCCAAGAUACUGAGUCUUUUCCUGGAGUUCAUUGCAGACCAAGAAGCUCCCAGCUGGAAAGGUUAUUUCUAUGCAAUGUUACUGUUCCUAUUAGCUUGCCUCCAGACUCUGUUUGAACAACGAUACAUGUACGUGUGCCUAAUAUUGGGAAUGAGGCUGAAGACUGCAGUCACAGGCCUAGUAUAUAGAAAGAUCUUGGUCAUGUCAAAUGCAGCAAGAACAGAAGCAACAGUAGGAGAAAUUGUCAAUCUGGUAUGUGUCGAUGUGCAACGGUUAAUGGAUCUCAUUAUAUAUUUUAAUGGGACCUGGCUUGCUCCCAUUCGGAUCAUCAUCUGCUUUGUCUUCCUGUGGCAGCUCCUGGGACCAUCUGCCUUGACUGCAAUUGCUGUAUUUUUAAUCCUUUUGCCUUUGAAUUUUGUGAUCACCAAGAAGAGGAGUCACUCUCAGGAGGACCAGAUGAACCAUAAAGAUAAUCGAGUCAGACUGACCAAUGCCAUCCUCAGUGACAUUAAGAUCAUCAAACUCUAUGCCUGGGAGAAAGGCUUUAUGGAGAAAGUGCUUGGUAUCCGAAAGCAAGAGCUUCAAGCUUUAAAAAACUCUCAGAUCCUCUUCUCGUUGUCACUGUCUUCCUUCCACUCGUCUACAUUCCUGAUUUCAUUUGUUAUGUUUGCAGUCUACACCCUGGUGAACGAGCAGCAUGUCCUAGAUGCUCAGAAAGCCUUUGUUUCUUUGACACUAAUCACUCUCUCUUUCCUGCCAUUUUCCAUCCAUGCUGCUAUACAGGCCAAGGUUUCCUUAAACCGUUUGGCUGCCUUUCUUAGUCUUGAAGAAUUGGAUCCAAAUAACAUGAGCAGAGCUACCUCGGACCACUUACAGGAUCGUAUCACUGUAAGGAAUGGCACAUUCACUUGGUGCAGAGGAAGCUCUCCUUGCCUUAAAAGGAUAAAUCUAACUGUACCCCAAGGCUGCCUGUUUGCUGUGGUUGGCCAGGUGGGAGCUGGAAAAUCUUCCUUGCUGUCUGCGUUACUUGGUGAGCUGCAGAAGUUGGAUGGCUACGCAGCUAUUAAGGGAACGGUAGCUUAUGUCCCCCAACAAGACUGGAUACAAAAUGCUUCUGUGGAAGAGAAUAUUGUCUUUGGAGAAGAGAUGGAUGAAAGCUGGUAUAACAGAGUGAUUGAUGCUUGUGCACUGCAGCCAGACCUCAAGAGCUUCCCUGCAGGAAGUAAAAGUGAAAUAGGAGAGAAGGGAAUAAACAUAUCUGGAGGGCAGAAACAGAGAGUGAGUCUAGCUCGUGCUGUGUACAAGAAGGCAGCUGUUUACCUGCUGGAUGACCCCCUUUCAGCUGUGGAUGCCCAGGUUGGACAGCAUAUUUUUGAACACAUCAUUGGACCCAAUGGUUUACUGAAGGGCACGGUAUGUAAGCAAAUUAGUAUUUCUCCCAUUAUCUACUGUAUAUUUGAGAGAGUUUGCCUGUCCAUUCAAGAACUCCUCCUAAAUGGAAAAAGCUAGGACCACCAAAUUUGGUAUGCAGCUUCCUCUUAUAACUUAAAGC